GCCGGGCGCGCUGCAGGGGCAGCCCGGCCGCCGCGGGGCCGCCAUGCCCGCCAAGUCCAAGUACAACCUGGUGGACGACCGGCACGACCUCCGCAUCCCCCUGCACAACGAGGACGCCUUCCAGCACGGCAUCUGCUUCGAGGCCAAGUACAUUGGGAGCCUGGAUGUGCCAAGGCCGAACAGCCGGGUGGAGAUUGUGACAGCCAUGCGACGGAUCAGGUAUGAAUUUAAAGCCAAGAAUAUCAAGAAGAAGAAAGUGAAUCUCAUUGUGUCAGUGGAUGGUGUGAAAGUCAUUCUGAGGAAGAAGAAGAAGCUUCUUUCAUUGCAGAAAAAAGAAUGGGCCUGGGAUGAGAACAAAAUGCUUGUCAUGCACGAUCCCAUCUACCGGAUAUUCUAUGUGUCUCAUGACUCCCAGGACCUAAAGAUCUUCAGUUACAUUGCCAGGGAUGGGUCUAGCAAUGUCUUCAGGUGCAACGUCUUCAAAUCCAAGAAGAAGAGCCAAGCCAUGCGUAUUGUCCGGACAGUGGGCCAGGCAUUUGAGGUCUGCCACAAGCUGAGCCUACAGCACACCCAGCAAAAUGCAGAUGGGCAGGAGGAUGGAGACAGUGAGAGGAACGGGGAUGACCUGGAUGUCCCAGCCUGUCGCCUCACUGGUGCAGAGCGGGCAGCCACCUCAGCAGAGGAGACGGACAUCGAUGCUGUGGAGCUCCCACUGCCCGGAGCUGACAUCCUCGACUUCAGCCGUGGCGUGACUGACCUGGAUGCCGUGGGCAAGGAGGCAAGUGCCUACACUGAUGCCAAGGGCUGCCUCCUCCCUGAAGAUAUCCUGACAGCGUCGCCUAAGAUGCUGCUGCCCUCGUCUGCACAGCUGCCUGACCUGGGAACACCCCUCUCUGCUCACCACCAGAUGCAGCUCCUCCAGCAGCUCCUGCAGCAGCAACAGCAGCAGACACAAGUGGCUGUGGCACAGGUCCACUUACUGAAGGAUCAGCUGGCUGCAGAGGCAGCAGCACGGCUGGAAGCCCAGGCUCGCGUGCAUCAGCUCCUGCUCCAGAACAAGGACUUGCUGCAGCACAUCUCACUCCUGGUCAAACAGGUGCAGGAGCUGGAGCUGAAGCUAGCGGGGAACACCACCACGGGCUCCCAGGACAGCCUGCUGGAGAUCACCUUCCGCUCAAACGUCCUCCCUGUCCUCUGCGACCCGACCACCCCGCAGCCCGAGGACACCCACCCGCCGCCACUGGGCUCUGGCUCAGGCUUCCCCAGCACCAUGGGCAGCCCCAUAGGUAGGAACGACUGUCUGGUGAAGCUGGAGUGCUACCGCUUCCUGCCUGACUCGGGGCCACCUGCCCCGGAGCCAGCGCUGGGCAGCCUGGAGCUCAUCAAGUUCCGCGAGUCGGGCAUUGCCUCCGAGUACGAGUCCAACACGGACGAGAGCGAGGAGCGUGACUCCUGGUCCCAGGAGGAGCCACCGCGCCUGCUCCAUGUCCAGACCAGGCAGGACCUGGGCGACAGCCUGGAGGAUGAGAUCGCGGUGUAGAGGUCGGCAGGAGGUGGUGUGGACCUGCCGGAGCCGGGGUGGACCCUGGUCAUAACCCCCUGGCCCUGGCAGGAGCGGGACAUCUCGGAGGUAGAGGGGUGGAGGAGGGAACAUGAGGCUUCAGCACACAGCUGGGAGCUGUGUGGAGGUGAGGAUGGAGCUGUGCCGAGGCGAUGCGCUGGGCAUGCUGUGCUCCGGCAUGCAAGGGCUUGUGUGCUGAGAUGGAGCAUCCCCACUUCACAUCAGAUAGUGAGCUGAGCUGCUUGGGCUGUCCCAUGGUCCCUGCCCCCCUGCAGGCUGCAUUUCAAGGUCAGGCAGAAGCAAGGGACUCCCUGCCGGGUUAGCCACUGCUGCUGGUGGGGAAGCAGGAAAGUAGAUGAAGGUUUUGCUGGGGGAAUGAGAGAGCAGGUGUGGGGCAAGAGGAACCAAGGAGGCAACGUGAAGGCAAUGAGCAGAGACAGAACCACUGUCAGGUGGUCUGGCUAUCUGCAUAGUGGAGAGGGUUGGAGAUGAAGCCAGGGCCACGCUGACAGGGUGGUUAGGGUUGGUGAUGGUGCACUGUUGGCAGGGGUGAACAAGUGAGAGGUGAGGCAGUGGGGACAAGCCUGGGAAGGAGCUGAAGGAGUGAGAUGAGGUCGUGCAGGGUGGCCAUGCACAGGCAGCUCCUGGCAGGUUGAUGGCAUUUGUUGUGCUUCCGGGAAAGGGUUUGUCCCUGCCUGAGGUACGUGGAAGGCCUGCAGGCAAUGUCCACUCUUCUCUCUGUGGAGUGGGUAGGAAGGCACAGCUCGAUGUGGAGCAGGGAGCCAGGACAUGUAGCACAGGGCUGUGCAGUGCCCUUCAUCUCAUCAUCCAGUCCUUGUGAUCCUCAGCGUGGCUGCCAGGUUUCAAAGCCUUUCUGGUGCUCUCAAGUCACAUUUUCAACCACUUCCCUGCACCCCCUUCACCACAAACUCCCAGCUUUGCUUUAUAGACAAGCCAUUCCAUUUCCAAGCCAUCAUGUGCCCCUGGACCAGGGAUGGGGAAUGCAGUGCUGGCAUUGUCUGUGUGCAGGGAUGGGCAUGCUUGCCAUCCGUCAGUGGGGAGGGAACUGCUGAUGUCUGCAAGGGGGCUUCUUCAGCUCUGGUUUGCACCCUCUAGAAAAUGAAUCUGAGAUCUUAGGAUUCCCCAACAGACACCAAGACACCCAUGGCUGAGAGCCAUCCUGAGGGCUUCCAAGGGAUCCAGAGUGUGUUUCUUUUCUGCAAGCAUAUUUUAUCAGUUGUCUGUUGCUGCAGUCUCUAAGAGGAUGCAGCUGAAGGGGUAUGAGCCAGAGUUGUAAUGUCCAUCCUGCUCCUCGUGGAAACAUUCGAUGAGGUGGGGAUUGGCACAGUUGUCUUCCUCCCCACCUACCUUCCUAUCCUGCUUCUGCUUCACUUUGUUGCUUCCCUGCUACUUUUGUCUUCAUCAGCUCUGUCUCUGCUAGGUCUGCCUGCAACUAACCUCUAGUAGAGGAUCUCCCAGACACGAGCUCUUGCUCUCCUCCUGGCUGCUGAGGAAGGUCCAUCACUUCUUUCUGCCCCAGUACCCUUGGGACUGAGGGCUAAUGAGGAAUGAGGUAUGGGUGAGACUCCCGUGGUUGGUACAAACUGUGCUAUGCAGCCUCCAUCACAGGAGGAGGCUGGACACUUUGAGGAGCUAGAGAGUCCUAGUGGGAAGGAAGAUGUUUUGGUGUCCCCAGCAGUGGCCUGGUGUCCAGGGGAGCCCCUGCACCAGCCACAGUGGCAGAAUAGGAGCAGGUGCUGUUUGGGACAGGACUGCUCCUGUCCUCUGGACACCAAUACUUCUGUAUGCCCUGUCUUGCACUGCUGUGGGUACAGCUGUGUGCAAGGCCCUCUCCUGGGGACCCUGACAUCCUUCUGCCAGCUUACAGCAGCUGGAGGUGAAAGCAUGGGCUGCGAGGCUGCUCCCACCAGGAGAAAGAGGUGGGUAUGGUAGCAGGCACAGGAGAUGGCACAGAUAGUGUGGGUCGCAUGGUGACCUCAGAGAGGGAUUUCCAUGUGGGCAGACAGAUCAUGCAGGAGGGGGACAGCAGGAACUUGGCCAUAUGCACAGGGCAGAUGAAAGGAGAGCCCAGGAGGAGCAGCAGCAGAUCUCUUCCAGGCUGGGCUGCCUUAGAAAGCAGGCAGUCUGAACGUUCUCCCUGAGCCACUGCUCCUGCCCAUCCCUGCUGCACAGGUCUAGCCCAGGCAGUGCCCUGCAAGGAGCACUGGGACCAGCUGAGGGCUCAGGCUCCAGCCCAGCACUCUGCCCACAGAAGAAGGUGGUGGGUGCCCCACAGGUUGAUGUGGCACUGCCAGAGCUGGGUGAGGACCCUGCCAGCAUCCUGGUGUACAUGUGUAAAUGAUCCUCCUCCUAAGUCAGUGCUGCCUCCAAGAUGGCUCUCUAGCCUCUCACUUUUGCUAUGGACCUUAACUGGGAAUUUAAAGCUAUAUUUUUUGUCCUUUCUUUUCCUACAACUGUCAUGUUACUAACUGUUGACUCAAUCUAUCUGGGAGACCAAUCUGCAAUGUAAGUGCACUUAACCCUUGGGUGUUAUCAUUAGUCAACUGGCUUUUGCUAAAUAAAUCUUUCUAUUUCUCAA